CCCUCCAUCGUCCGCCGUCGCCCUCCAUCGCCCUCCACAGGACGGAGCAGAAAGCGACAUGUCCGGGCAGAGAGGGGCCGAAGUGUUAGAGCCUGUGUCCGGUGAUGCUCGGCACUGCCUAGAACACACUCCCAAGGAGCACACCAUCUCCAAUCAAUGGCAGAGGAGGAACACCGAUUUACUGCUGGGGACCUUCCGGGGGUCACGGGAGAGCCGGCCGAGCGGGAAUAUGGCACCUCAGGUGUGUGGUGGGAUCUCCGGUGCCAGGAUUAUUCUACAGCAGGAAGCUGCGGGGGUCAUGGUGGCCAGUUGUGUGAAGGGUCAGAGCCGGUUAGUGGAGGUCAUGGUGGCCAGUUGUGUGAAGGGUCAGAGCCGGUUAGUGGAGGUCAUGGUGGCCAGUUGUGUGAAGGGUCAGAGCCGGUUAGUGGAGGUCAUGGUGGCCGGAUGUGUGAAGGGUCAGAGCCGGUUAGCGGAGUUCAUGGUGGCCAGUUGUGUGAAGGGUCACAGCCGGUUAGUGGAGGUCAUGGUGGCCAGUUGUGUGAAGGGUCAGAUCUGGUUAGUGGAGGUCAUGGUGGCCGGUUGUGUGAAGGGUCAGGGCCGGUUAGUGGUGGUCAGUUGUGUGAAGGGUCAGAGCCGGUUAGUGGAGGUCAUGGUGGCCAGUUGUGUGAAGGGUCAGAGCCGGUUAGUGGAGGUCAUGGUGGCCGGUUGUGUGAAGGGUCAGAGCCGGUUAGCGGAGGUCAUGGUGGCCAGUUGUGUGACGGUUUCUUUUCUCUUUUUAGAAACCUUAAUGGAUUCCACGACGGCAACAGCAGAGCUGGGCUGGACUGUCCAUCCGUCCUCCGGGUGGGAAGAGGUCAGCGGGUACGACGAGAACAUGAACACCAUCCGGACGUACCAGGUAUGCAACGUCUUUGAGACGAGUCAGAACAAUUGGCUGCGGACCAAGUACAUCCGGCGGAGAGGAGCGCACCGCAUCCAUGUGGAGAUGAAGUUCUCGGUGAGGGACUGUAGCAGCAUCCCCAGCGUGCCCGGCUCCUGCAAGGAAACCUUCAAUCUCUAUUAUUACGAGUCCGACUUUGACUCGGCCACCAAGACGUUUCCCGCCUGGAUGGAGAACCCGUGGUCUAAGGUGGACACCAUCGCCGCCGACGAGAGCUUCUCGCAGGUGGACCUGGGCGGGCGCGUGAUGAAGAUCAACACCGAGGUGCGCAGCUUCGGGCCCGUCUCUAAAAAUGGCUUCUACCUGGCGUUCCAGGACUACGGCGGCUGCAUGUCGCUCAUCGCCGUCCGCGUCUAUUACAGGAAGUGCCCGCGGAUCAUCCAGAACGGGGCCGUGUUCCAGGAGACCUUAUCUGGGGCAGAAAGCACCUCCUUGGUGGCGGCGCGAGGGAUUUGUAUACAGAACGCCGAGGAGGUGGAUGUGCCGAUAAAACUCUACUGUAAUGGAGACGGCGAGUGGCUGGUGCCCAUCGGGCGCUGUAUGUGCAAGGCCGGAUACGAGUCUGUGGAGAACGGGACGGCGUGCCGAGGUUGCUCCUCCGGGAUGUUCAAGCCGAAUCAGGGUGACGAGAGCUGCUUUCACUGCCCUAUAAACAGUCGCACCACCUCCGAGGGGGCCACCAACUGCGUGUGCCGACCCGGGUACUACCGAGCCGACUCGGACCCCCUGGAGAUGCCCUGCACCAGUAAGUUCCUUCCUGUCCUGUGUGGCACAU